UUACCACACUUAUCUACAGUUCAGCCAUGGUAGAAACAUGAAAUAGUUCGGAUCAUUAAUGAAGGUCAAAGUUUUGAACAGAGAUCCAAAGGAUUACCUGAAAACAAGAGCAGGAGACCUGCCCAAAUUACCAAGGAAUGUAGACCCAGUCUUGCAUCCACAUUCUUCUCAGAGAGAGUACACCGCUGCACUCAAUGCUGUGAAGCUUGAACGGGUUUUUGCUAAGCCUUUUGUUGGCUCUUUGGACGGUCACCGAGAUGGAGUCUUCUCCAUGGUUACUCACUCCAAACGAUUGCCUGUGGUUAUAUCUGGAGCAUGUGAUGGUGAAAUCAAAGUGUGGAAUGUCACGACCAAGGAAUGUUCUUGUUCUGUACCUGCUCACUCUGGCUUUGUCAGGGGUAUGGGCAUUAAUCAGGCUGGCGAUCUCCUCUUGUCUGUGGGAGAUGACCAAGUUAUCAGGAUGUGGAAUGUUGACCAAAUGUUACAAAACUCAACUGUCGACCCCUCAACUACUAUUACAUCCAAUACGCUGUUAACUGGAGUUGACUAUCAGUGGGGAUCUAAAUCUGACACGUUUGUUACAUGUGGAACCUCAGUGGGGAUAUGGAACGUUAACCGUAACGAGCCUCUACGUAACUUCACGUGGGGUGUCGAUACCAUCACUUCUGUAGUCUUCAAUAAGGUGGAGACCUACAUGCUCGCCUCAACAGCACAAGACAGAAACAUUGUUCUGUACGAUUGUCGGGAGAACAACCCACUGAGAAAAGUUGUUCUAUCUCAGAAAACUAAUCAGAUAGCGUUCAACCCAAUGGAAGCGUUCAACUUCACUGCUGCCUGUGACGAUAAUAACCUGUACAGUUUUGACAUGAGAAAGCUAUCUUCCCCCCUUAACGUGCACAUGGGACACGCUAUGGCGGUCCUCUGUGUGGGAUACUCUCCCACAGGCCGAGAGUUUGUAUCAGGGAGCUACGACAAAACAGUCAGAAUAUUCGAGUCAACCAAGGGUCGAAGUAAAGAAAUCUACCACACCAAAAGGAUGCAACGUGUGUUCUGCACUAACUACAGUGCUGAUAGCAAGUUUGUUAUGACGGGAAGUGACGAGACUAACAUAAGACUGUGGAAAUCUUUAGCGUGGGGUAAGCUGGGUCCUGUUGCUGCUAGGGAGCGAGCAGCGUAUGAUUAUAACAAGAAACUCAUUAAGAGGUACAGUGAGCACCCUCAGAUAAAGAGGAUUAAGAGGCACAGGAUCGUGCCAAAGAUGAUAACAUCAAUCAGUAAGGAACACACUAAUAUCAGAAAUGCGAAACAAAAGGAUGAGAAUAGGAGAAAACACUCAAAACCAGGAUCUGUCCCUAGAGUUGCAGAGAGAGCCAAACAUGUUGUCAAGGAGGAUUUGUGAUAUCGGUGGAGUUUUAUUUAAGUUAUUUUUUGAUAUCUGCUUUUCAAAUUGUUGCUUUUAAAGGUCAUUGUUUUAUUCUGUUAUGUGACGAUCACAAGAGAAUAUUGCGGGCAAUCUGUUGAAUUCAUCAGAUAUUAUUUUAAGUUAUGUUUUGUAAUUAUACUUUUAACACUUUUAAUGCUGAUCA